GAAGUUUUGCAGUCAGUUGAGCAUAAACAUUCAUACGGUGCGGUUUGGUGAAACAAUACUAACAAAAGCGACUACAUGCGACUAUACAAUACAAUACAAAGAGGAAUACAAUCUUGAUUCUAGAACUUAGUGAAUUUGAACGUGGUGGCGUAUACGCAACAUUUCAACAUUUAGUAUUUAGAAUGUGCUAAAUAGAAUGUGCUUUCUAGAAAUGCAGACAAAGUGCUAAGGAAAUUUAUAAACUUCAAGAAUUAAAUAAUUAAACAAUUCAACCUAUGACAGUGCUCAUCACAAACGAUAUCAGUUAAAUUUUGUGCUAUUUUGUUGUUGGCUGUAAAUGAAAAAUAAUUUUAAAAAAUUUCACAACAAUUAUUCUUAAAAAUUAUUAGCCGAAAAAAGUGCAUAGAAUGGACUAUUUCGUAGCAUUGCAAGAGUGCGUGUGAGUGUGCAGUACAAAAAAAAAACAAAAACAAUUAAAUAACGCUUAAAAGUGUGCAAUUACAUAGAUCCUUAUAUAGUGCACAGUUUUACAGUGGAAUCUCGUUUCGUACGAAUUGCAAAAAAAAAAAACUAAAUAAAUAAACUUAAGUGACAGUAGUUAAGUAAUCCACCCAAACAUACAAAAAAACUCAACACACAGUCAACAUGAAUAGCAACAUAACUUCACGCUUCGAUAUGGCCGCCGAGAUUGCGACCAUCGCUUUGGACGAAUUCAAAUCGCAUUAUGUUGAUUGGAAUUACACCGGACUGAUACAGCGCUACUACCAUUUGGUCGAGCGUGAUUUCGGCGAUCCCCGCGCCACACGUUUCCCCCUAAUGGAGCAUCCCCUUUACACAUUCGGUUUGGUUGCCAUAUACCUGUCUUGGGUUCUCUUGAUCGGACCAUCGUUCAUGCGCGACAGAAAACCCUUCCAACUGCGGGGUACAUUAGUCAUUUACAAUGCCUUUCAGGUGGCGUUAAGCGGGUAUAUGUUCUACGAGCACCUGAUGGCUGGUUGGCUGAACAACUACAAUUUGAAAUGUGAACCCGUGGAUUACUCAGAUGGGCCAAUGUCGAAACGAAUGCUAAAUCUCUGUUACGUCUACUACCUCUCGAAAUUGACUGAAUUUGCUGACACAAUUUUCUUUGUGCUGCGGAAAAAAUCAUCACAAAUAACAUGGUUGCAUGUGUACCAUCACUCGGUGACGCCAUUGGAGACCUGGGUGCUGGUUAAGUUCUUGGCUGGUGGCAAUGCAACAUUCCCCAAUCUGCUGAACAAUUUCGUGCAUGUCUGCAUGUAUUUCUACUAUAUGAUGUCCGCCAUGGGACCAGAAUACGCCAAGUUUCUGUGGUGGAAGAAGUAUAUGACUGAAUUGCAAAUCGCUCAAUUUGUGCUCUGCAUCGUGCACACCACCCGCGCACUCAUCAGCUCCCAAUGCCAAUUCUCGAAAUUCAUCUCCACGCUUUUGCUGUUGAAUGCCUCCAUCUUCUUCUGCCUCUUCAUGAACUUCUACAUGGCCAGCUACAAGAAAUCACAGAAUCAGAAAUUGAGCAUUGCUGCGAAAAUGAAUGGAGCGCCGCCAGCGCAGAAUGGUUGCGCGUUGGCUACAAAGAAAAUACUGGAGAUGAACAACAACACUAUGGAUACGAUGGAUGCGAUUGGUUUGUUGGCGAUGAAAGAAAAAUUGAAUUAAAUAUUGGAAAACCCCAAGCGGAAGAAAGCAAAUAUUAACGGUAACAAAAGGAACCGAACAUUGCAUGCAACCGCUCAUUGGCCAUACGUAGCAGACAAAUUAUGUGUUUUGAGAAAUUUUUUUUUUACAAAAAAGGGGAUGAUGAACAUGGGAGUUAAUAAGAAAAAAAAUUUAUAACAAAAAAAGAAUUAUAUUUUUUAAAUAUGAUUAUUUGAAGUUUAUGCUCACAAUUUAUUAAAAAAACAGUUCAAUCUCAUCAAUUGCACCAUAAAAAUUUAAUUGAGAAUUUAUGAGAAUGUGUCAAAGACACUGUUGAAGUUGUGGGAGAAGAUCUUUAUUUUAUGGAUCUAAAGUCUUCAUUUCGGGAUCCCCCAACUACUAUUGUGACUAAUUAUUUUUUAUAAAGAAAAUAAAAAAAAAUCAAUAGACAAUUUUUAAAAAUUCAGCGUACACAGCUAAAAAAAUUGUAUGAGAUAAUUUAAAGGCAGCAAUUUAUCUCAAUAAAUUGUUUUUUGUUUAUUUUAUUUUUUAUUUUUCAUUUAUGAUUUAUUUUUCUUUGAAAUUACGAUGUAUACAACCAAUUGUCGUUAAUAGUACAACAAUUUUCAAUAAGUUUAAAUAAUCUAGUAUUAAACACAAGCAAUUUCCUUAGAAGAUAUGAGAGUAGUGCAAAAGAUGAGUAUGCAUAAAAUAAAUAAAUGCAAGGAAAAUAAAAAGCAAUUAUUUAUGAAAAAAUAAAAACAUAAUUUUAUUAAAUUAAACACAAUAACAACAAAUGUCGCACUUUUUAAUACUAAAAAUAAUAAAAAGAACAAAAAAUAUGCACAUCGACAUGUAAACUUUGUUUACAAAUCUCACGCAUGCGAGUUAUGAGUGGCUCACACAUAACUUGCAUGAGAUAUUGAAAACGGUAAAAAGUGCUUGCGUGUAAAUAUUGCAUGUAAUAUAUUUUUAAAAAUACUUUAUGUCGCUUUGCCUCAAACCAAAUACUGAAAGAAAAUACUUUUUAACACACACA